CCUAUCUUUUCUUUUGAAGGCUUAGAAGACAUUUAAGAGUGCUCUCUUGGGAGUAUCUCUCUCCAACCGAAAAAACAGAGCAUCCAAAAGCAUACCAAAUCAUAUAGCUGCAGUAGUCAAUUCUCCCAAACACUUGGCGAUCAUCAUUGUCAAUCGAUCAUGUGUAAUCCAAACCCUUCUGUUAAUUCGUCGAUGACAACCCAGAAAGCAGAAGAACAGCUUCACCAACAGCCACAACCUCAUAUCUUUCUAGACCUCUUCUUAUCUCUCCCCAAAGACGAAGCAGAUGAGCCGCCAAAACUCCUAGUCAAGCAACAAUUACAACCUCAGCAACAAACCAGCAGCCCAAUUUCCGUCACAGACGUAGUCAAAGAAACCAAGUCACUCGUCAACUUGGCCUUCCCUAUGCUCGUCACAGGCCUCAUUCUCUACUCCCGGUCCAUCCUCUCCAUGCUCUUUCUCGGCCGCCUCGGCGACUUGGAACUUGCCGCGGGCUCGUUAGCUAUAGCCUCCGCCAACAUCACCGGUUACUCCGUACUCUCCGGUUUAGCCUUGGGUAUGGAGCCCUUAUGUUCCCAAGCCUUCGGAGCGCGACGUCCGAAGCUUCUGUCAGUCACGCUCCACCGCGCCGUGAUCUUCCUCGUAGUUUGUUCCCUCCCCAUUUCGUUCGUCUGGUACAACAUGUCGACCAUUCUUACUUAUGCUCACCAAGACCCCAACAUCACACGAAUGGCUCACACCUAUCUCAUGUGCUCCCUCCCUGACCUUUUCACCAACUCUCUCAUUCACCCACUCCGCAUUUACCUUCGAGCCCAGGGCAUCACCCACCCCUUAACCCUCGCCUCCCUCGCUGGCGCCUGCUUCCAUUUCCCGAUGAAUUUUCUCCUUGUCUCUAAGCUCCACCUCGGAGUCGCCGGUGUCGCAGUCGCCUCUGCCGCGUCCAAUUUUUUCACUCUAUGUUUCUUAGUUACUUACAUAUGGGCAACGGGGCUGCACGUGCCCACGUGGACAGCGCCAAGCCGGGAGUGCCUCAUCGGCUGGAAGCCGCUGCUGCGCCUCGCCUGGCCGAGCUGCGUGUCCGUUUGCUUGGAAUGGUGGUGGUACGAGAUCAUGAUCGUCUUGUGCGGCCUCCUGGUGGACCCCAAAGCAACUGUCGCCUCGAUGGGGGUGCUUAUCCAAACGACGUCGUUCAUCUACGUCUUCCCGUCUUCUCUCGGGUUCGCGGUGUCGACCCGGGUCGGCAAUGAGCUCGGAGCGAACCGGCCCUUUAAGGCGAGACUAUCCGCUGUGGUCGCGGUCGGACUCGGCUUCGUCAUGGGCCUAUCCGCCAUGGCCUUCGCUUCCGGGAUGAGGGGCGUGUGGGGCCGAAUGUUCACGGCAGAUGAAGAGAUCAUAAGGCUGACGUCGGCCGCGCUUCCCAUCCUAGGGCUGUGCGAGCUCGGCAACUGCCCCCAGACAGUCGCGUGUGGUGUAGUCAGAGGUAGCGCGCGUCCGACUACAGCGGCACGCGUGAAUCUCGGCGCGUUCUAUCUAGUUGGCAUGCCUGUGGCGGUCGGGCUCGGGUUCUGGAUCUCGGUCGGGUUAAAUGGGUUGUGGAUCGGGUUGCUGUCGGCCCAGAUUUGCUGUGCGGGGCUGAUGUUGUAUGUUGUUGGGACCACAGACUGGGAUUUGCAGGCGAAGAGGGCUCAGGCGCUAUCGUGCGCCGGGUGUGAAGUGGUACUACCUUCGUCGAUUACUAGCAGUGAUUCCAAAGGUGAAGAAGUGCAGCCUUUGAUUAUCAUUACGAUGCCUUCUUCCUUAUAAUCCAGAGAAAUAUCAAGAUGUAAUU